UUCCUAUUUCCAAAAUGUCUCCUUGAACUUGGCCGAUAUUAACAAAAAUGAACCUAGCACUGAGACUGCUGCUGGCAAAGCCGUCUUACAAAUCAUUUAUUCCAAUCUGCUCUUCAUUUAAAAAAUGUCCUUCACACAUAUCAGAGAAAUUCCGUGCAUUUUCUACGAACAAACCACUAUUGAUGUCCAAUGAACGACCUUUAAAAUUAAUGAACUUGCAAAAAAUAGUUCAGCCCAAUUUUAUUUUAUGGCUGAAAAAUAAAUACUUUGAAUUUUUGAUAAGGAACUACUAUGAUGCAACGUUUUCACAACCAGAAUUUCUAGCAGGAGCCACACAAGCUAUCACUCAUGUGUCUAGUCUUAUAUCAAGGGGACAGUUUGAAGAUUUAGAAGAAUUGGUUGAUCCUGAUGCUGUUGAAGAAAUUAAGAGGAAUUACUAUUGCUUAAGUGACAAGCAACACAGAGACUUGAAAGUAAUGGAAGACCAUAUUAUAAAAAUGUUUGUACAUCAAAUUGGCAUGAUGUUUGGAAACUCAGGGAACGUAUUUGUUGAAAUUACUGUUGUGCUUCAUUAUAAUUCCCCUGAUGAUAAAACACUUCAAGAAACCUCUCAUGAAAUAAAGACAGCAGAGGAUAUAAUUAAAGCUGCCUUGGAAAUAACAAAGAAAGUUGUCAAUGCUAAUUACAGAUUUAUCAAAGAAUGCACAAAGGGUUCAGAGAGUGACUGGAUCAUUAACGGAGUGAACCAUUUUUCUAUAUUUAGUAAUAAAGACGAGGAUUAAAACUCAAAUUUGAAUGUUUUUCUAAAUGAAAUGUUUCUUUGUUUAUAUAAUAUUAAAACUUGUGUUAAAUA